CAAGAGUUUGACGAUGCAGCUAAUUUGCUUGCAGCAAAUCCUGAUGCUACCACAAUAAGCAUUGACGAGCCAGCUGAAAUCCCGAAGAAUCAGCGCGGCCGCCUGCAAGAGCCAGGGAGGGAAGAGGAUGAUGAAUUACUGGGGACCGAUGACUCCGAUAAAACAGAGCUGCUUGCAGGACAGAAGAAAAGUGCCCCUUUCUGGACAUUUGAGUACUACCAGACGUUCUUUGAUGUGGACACUUACCAGGUCCUGGACAGAAUCAAAGGUUCAGUUUUCCCCGUGCCAGGGAAGAACUUUGUAAGGCUGUAUAUCCGCAGCAAUCCUGACCUUUACGGGCCCUUUUGGAUAUGUGCCACACUCGUCUUUACCAUUGCUGUUAGUGGCAAUCUCUCCAAUUUCUUCAUCCACCUGGGCAAGCCAACGUACCACUAUGUGCCCGAGUUCAGAAAAGUGUCCAUAGCAGCAACAACGAUUUAUGCGUACGCUUGGCUUGUUCCCCUUGCUCUCUGGGGAUUCCUGAUGUGGAGGAACAGCAAGGUUAUGAACAUCGUGUCCUACUCGUUCCUGGAGAUAGUGUGUGUGUACGGCUACUCCCUCUUCAUUUACAUUCCCACGGCGAUUUUAUGGAUCAUACCACAAAAAGUGGUGCGCUGGGUCCUGGUGAUGUUCUCCCUGUGCCUUUCGGGGUCCGUUCUGGUGAUGACCUUCUGGCCCGCUGUCCGAGACGACAACCGGCGGGUCGCGCUGGCGACGGUGGGGACCGUUGUUCUGCUUCAUGCCCUGCUGUCUGUCGGCUGUCUGGCCUACUUUUUUGAUGCCCCUGAAGUGGAUUUUCCUGCACCUAUUGUCCCUGCUCACAAUGGAACAACAGUAAUAACAAAGAGUCAGUAAAUAAGAUUCCAGUGCCUGUUUCUCCAUCUGUGCAGUAAUGUUAUUUUAGAUUAUUUUUUCACUGA